AUGAUUGGAUACAUACCAGGCAAUGGAUACUCUGAUAAUUUUAGUAACCUUCCAGACAUUCCAUUGUACCCAUACGAGUUUUCUUGCAGUGGCGCUAAAAGUUCUUUGCUGGAUUGCACACAAUCCACUUCCAAUUGCUAUUACAGCUAUUAUUAUUAUUAUGGUGACUAUGCUGGUGCAACUUGUCGAGAACCAUGUAUAAAUGGUAGUGUUCGCAUUGCUGGGUCUGGCUAUGAAACAGUUGGUAGAGUGGAGGUUUGUAUUAAUGGUGAUUGGGGAACUGUCUGCAGAGAUAGUUUUGAUGACAAUGAUGCUACAGUAGUAUGUAGACAAUUAGGCUAUUCUGUUUAUGGAGUUGUCAGCGAUAUUCCUUAUUGGCGGUUUUAUGACAGAAGUGUUCCUAUUUUGCUCUUUGAUUUGAAUUGCACUGGAACAGAAGACAUGAUAAUGAAUUGUCCUUACAUUGAGAGAGGGUCAUAUACUUGCUCCCAGUAUUAUGAUGCUGCUGUGAUUUGUCAAACUAACAUUACACAAUACAUUGAUCUGACAUGUACUGAUGGGGAUAUUCGGUUGGUUGGUGGUACUAAUGAUCUUGAAGGACGCGUUGAAAUGUGUUACAAUAAUUUCUGGGGACAAGUUUGUGAUGAUUCAUGGAGUAACUAUGAUGCUCAAGCAGUUUGCAGACAAUUAGGAUUCCUAACACAAGGUGCUGUUUCAUUUGCUGGAAGCUUUUUUGGAAAUGGUCCAAGUCCUCAUAUUGUAUCUAAAAUUGGAUGUUCUGGAACUGAGUCUUCAGUUUUGAGUUGUAGCAAUGAUUUUGUUGAUGCUGCUCUUUACUGUGGUGAUGGUGCAGUUGCUGGUGUUGUUUGUACUGAUAAUUGUGAAAAUGGGGCAGUGAGACUAGCAGGUUCUAAUACUGGUGCCACUAAUGUUGGAAGAGUUGAAAUUUGUGUCGAUAAUAUUUGGACUACACUUUGUGAUCAAAGUUGGGGUCAUGAAGAUGCACAAGUUGUUUGUAGACAGCUUGGAUUCUCAUCACUUGGUGCUUUACCAACUUAUAAUUGCUUAACUGAAGGUCAACUUUCCUUUGGAAUUACUGAUCUUAAUUGUACCGGUAAUGAAUAUCAUUUGCUUAAUUGUUCACAUAGUAAUGCUGUGCUACAAAACUGCCCGUCUUAUGGUGAUGCAAGUGUUAUAUGUCAAAGGAACCCUCAACAGGCUAACUGUACAAGUGGGGAAGUGAGGCUGGUUGGUGGUAGUACAGAAUACGAUGGUAGAGUUGAAAUAUGUAUCAAUCAAGUUUGGGGAAGCAUCUGCUCAUACAGUUGGGAUAACCGAGAGGCUUCUAUUGUGUUAAUAUCAGAGGAGAAGUAA